AUGAACAAGAUCAUCAGCAAUGGACCGACCAUCGUCGUCACGGUAAGAAACAAAGCGAAAUUCUAUCUGAUAUUUUUGAUUUUAGGGUUUGGCCAUCAUCUCACUGAUGUUGGCCAUCAGGCUGCCAAUAAAGCAGAAAAGACGGCCUUCAAUGGAGAUGUCCGCCAACAUUGUCAAUGUUCUGGCGUCUUUUGGGUUCGUCCUUGCAAUCUGGAUUGAUUGCCUUGUAAUCUGGGUUGAUUGCAAGGCGAUAGUGUUUGUGGGGAAGGUGGCAACAUUUAUUGGGCACUUGUGGCUGGCGACCGCAAGCGUCAGAAACCGUCUGGACCCCACAGCAGUAAGUUUGCAAACAGAAAACCCGAUUUUUUUGUUGCAGACCAAACUAAACCCCUGGCCACAUCUCCGCCGCAACGCUAUUGCCUACUACGCGGGCGGCGCCGCCGCCGCGUCGGCCGUCCUGCUGUUUGAGCUACCGAGUGAGAUUAUAAAGGUCAUAUUUUUGCCUUUCAAAGAGCAUGAUAUUUGCCCGUUUCAUGAAUGCUAUCAAUUUGAAGUCCAAUUUUCUAAAUAUUCAGGAAGUUGGCAAGAUUUAGAAGUCAGGUUGAAAUCGAAGUUUUUCAAUAUUUUGAAAAAAUACAUAAAUCCAAUUCAUUAUUUUUUUAUGUUUCAUUUCUUCACAACAAAUUUUCUUCACCUUUAUGAAUCAUCUUCGGCUAAUAAUCAAUUCAAAACAGAAUAAUAGUGUCUGCUUUUCGAUUGUUCAUUAGGUAUAAUUGGCCUUUCGUCUCCUAUCCUUUCAAGAAUUCGAUUGUAAAAAAUACUGAUAACAAGAAGAAGAAGGAAAUGAUAAAUUUCAAUAAAACAUUGAAAGGCGCACCUGAAAAUAAUCGUAAAAAACUGGAGUAAUUAUGAGGUCUGGAUAGGCAAUGCAUGAGCAAUAAUUGGAGAAAAAUUGCAGGAAAAUUUAGAGAUCUUGCAGUGGAAUUGUCUACAAUGGUCGGAGAUUAUGGAGGAUGCUUUCUUCAACAGAAUCCAGCAUUGGAGAAGAAGUCGCGCUUCCGGCGGAGAAGUCGGCGGACGUCUUUCCUAUCGGUGAUGACCUCAUGA